GAGGAUUCUGGGUGCCGGCGUCUCCGCAGGCUCCGCACCCUCCGCGCCGCCUCCGCCUCCGCCUCCCGCCUCCCGCCUCCCUCCCGUCUCCCGCCUCCCUCCCGUCUCCCGCCUCCCGCCUCCCUCCCGUCUCCCGCGCUGGUCCAGAAAGGGCUUCGCGCAUGUCCCCGGGACGAGCGGCCCCGGGCCCCCAGGGAACAUGGGUGUGCUUCGGGCCGGACUGUGCCCGGGUCUCACCCAGGACAUGGUCCAGCUUCUGCGGAGCCGCGGGAUCAAGACAGUGGUGGACCUGGUUUCAGCAGACCUGGAGGAAGUAGCCCAGAAAUGUGGCUUGUCUUAUAAGGCCCUGGUCGCCCUGAGGCGGGUGCUGCUGGCUCAGUUCUCGGCUUUCCCCUUCAAUGGCGCUGAUCUCUACGAGGAGCUGAAGACCUCCACUGCCAUCCUGUCCACCGGCAUUGCAAGCCUGGACAAACUGCUGGAUGCUGGUCUCUAUACUGGAGAAGUGACUGAAAUCGUAGGAGGCCCAGGUAGCGGCAAAACCCAGGUAUGUCUUUGUGUGGCUGCAAACGUGGCCCAUGGCCUGCAACAGAACGUCCUAUACAUCGAUUCCAAUGGAGGGCUCACAGCUUCCCGCAUUCUCCAGCUACUUCAGGCCAGAACCCCAGAUGAGGAGGAGCAGAGCUCUGACUUGGCUUUGCAGCUCAGCACCCAGGCAGCCACCUUGGCGGGAGCUCUCCAGAGGAUCCAGGUGGUGCGUGCGUUUGACAUCUUCCAGAUGUUGGAUGUGCUGCAGGACCUGCGAGGUGCUGUGUCCCAGCAGGUGAGCAGUUCUUCAGGGACUCUGAAGGUGGUGGUUGUGGACUCGGUCACUGCGGUGGUCGCCCCACUUCUGGGAGGUCAGCAGAGGGAAGGCUUGGCCUUGAUGAUGCAGCUGGCCCGAGAGCUGAAGACUCUGGCCCGGGACCUCAGCGUGGCACUGGUGGUGACCAAUCACAUGACCCGAGACAGGGACAGCGGGCAGCUCAGACCUGCCCUGGGACGCUCCUGGAGCUUUGUUCCCAGCACCCGGCUUCUCCUGGACACCGGCCAAGAUGCAGGAGCAUCAGGCAGCUGGCGCAUGGCGUGUCUGACCAAAUCUCCCCGUCUGCCAACAGGUUUGCAGGAGAUGGUGGACCCUAGGACCUGGGGGACUCCAGUGCAGAGCCCAGCAUUACAGGGAGGUCACACGUGACUUGCUGUUGAUUGAGACAAACCCUCCUGCACAGUAACGCCUGCCAUUCACUGCCAGCCGGUGGGGCUGCAGACAAGCUCUUGGGCUGGGCAGACAUCUUAGUCCUUAGCUCCUCUCUCUGGAAAUACAGUGUUUCUGGCUAGAGAGGAUGCUACCGUGGAAGGACCCAGAAAUUCCUGCUGGUACCAGGUUUUCCUCCCUUGUGUCUACCACAUAUGUUUUCAGCAGGCGCCGAGUUCAGUGUCUUGGGCAUCUCUGAAAAGGGAUGCUGGUGGCUGGACAGGUGACCCCGUGCAUCGCCGUCCUGCACUCCAUCCUAGCACGGUGACCGAGUCUGAGGCCUCUAGCUUGCCUUUGCUUCUCCCCUUCUUCUUCUUUUUUUUUUUUUUUGCCUCUGUUUUUCCAUCUGUAAGAUGGGCCUCCCUUUCUCUUAACUCUCUCUUGGAGUUACCGGAUGGAAGUAACCUUGUAAGUGCAGAACUCUUCUUUAUCUAGGUCCUGAUCUUAAAAACAUACAAAGGAAAUUCUCUGAGCCCCAGAGCCAUCCAUUUUCCCCCCAGAAGGUGGGUUUUCAGUUUUCCCUAGUGAGGCCCCAAAGAAUGGUUAUUCCUCUUUCCCUCUUGCCCGUUUGGUUUCACAAACCUGCCUGCAUCACCAUGACCAGGUGAGACUGGGAGCUCACUGCAGUCCCAGGAAUAUAAUUUAACAGGAAAGGAAGAUGUGACCUGGUCCCCUUGAAUCCAGCCACUUGUUUAACGUGCGUGGUGCCCUGUGGGGCCCCUCCACAGUGUCGAGUAACCAGAGGUGCAGAACCAUGGCCUUGCCCAUAAACAGACAGAGGAGAAUUUGCACAGUAAAUAGAGCCAGCUGGGAAAAUUGAUGCUGGUGUAAAUAAUACAUGGUAAAUCUAGUGCUUUAUGUAGAAGUUCAUUGCCGGUGGCUCCAACAUGCAAUAUAAUUACCCCUCUCUUCCUGCCAGCUGUACCACAGCCUGGUGCCCUAGUGUAUGAAAUAACCCCCCUGUCUGUAACGGGCACUGUGGCCAUCCCUCUGCAAGCUAUAACUCUGGCUGGGCGGGGAGGAGGACACCAGGGAAGGGGAAAUAAACGACAAAGGAGAGAAAUGAUCAGGAUUGUUCACUGACCACAAUUUUUUUUU